AUGAGUGACAAUGACCUCAUCUUUGUGGCUGGAGAUUUUAAUGGGCCUGUCGGACAGCAACCUGGUAUCUUCCAUGGUGUACUCGGUGGCCAUGGAGUUGGUACUAGAAAUGAAGAGGUUCCUGAAAACAAUAAAAAGAAGAGAUCCAAAAAUGAACGACAUCCUGAAAAUCACAAACUCAUCAAAUGCAAAAAGCAACACAAGUCACUAAAGAGACUGCUAACAAAUGCAAAGCUUUACAAAAUGACCAUAAAACCAACGGUUAAAAAACAUGGACGCCCAAACUCUGGAACCUGCCCCAACUUGCUUGAAGGCUCAGAUUUCCUUUACAAACAAGGACAGAGAAUCACAAUUAAAACUGGUUUCACUUGUGCCUCUGAGAACCUAAUUUAUAACAUAGAAUUAGCUAGGACCCUUGAAAAUAAGAAUUGUCUUAUUAUUAAUGGAAAUAUAGAUAACUACCAGGCAAUUAAUAAUACCAAUGCUACCAAUAAUCAUGUAUAUGAUAAUACCAAUAAUACAGUGAAUACUAGUGAAGAAAUUCACAAUGAAAAUCCCAAUAAUAAUUCAAUAAAUAACAACAAUAAUUCUAAUGACCAUUUAAAUGGUAGUGAUGAUAAUACUCAAAACAGUUAUUAUGAAACUGAUUACAACACAUCUAACCCCUUAAACAUUAAUCUUAAUCAACUUAAUGAACAUAAUAACACUUCAACUGUUAACAUAGUUGAUGAGAUAAAUCUUCCUAGCUCAAACUAUAUCAAUUGCAUAUCCAGUAAUACAACCAACAAUAUUGAUAUAAUCAAUUAUGAUAAUUAUGUUUGA